AUGUCCCAGGAACCAGGCUCUCUGAUAAGAUGGGCAAAGACACUCACAGAUAUAAAUGAACAUCAGCCUCAGCGCCAUCAUCUCAACGCCAUCUCGGACCCCUGCGAAAACUACUUCCGACCACCCGUCGAGUAUGUGAAGACCAUUUCCAUACCGGGAAGCUCUCCUGUGAGUAUCAUGCGGGAGCAAAGGCCUGGUUGCCUGCGACUGUGGGGCAGAGUCCUUGGGACAGUCGAAGCUAUAGGCCACCCUAUUCACGGCUCUGUCAUGAGGGAGGAUCUUUUGGAAGCUCUGUGGACGCUGUUGUUUUGGUACGAGCAGCGAAAACUCAAUCUGGGCUCUGACAAGGCGCAAGUCGUUGAAACAUUCUCCUUUGGUCUCCAGAGUGUUGAGAGUGUAUUUGAGGAGUUCAAGGAAUUCAAACGUUGGUCGGAUCCUUAUCUAAUACUGGACAACUGUGAGAGGCAAGGAUUGGCAACUGCAAUGACAACUCUCGCCGCGCGACGACGUCUGUUUAGGACCACGGAUGGAAUCUGUGGCUGGGGGCCUACAGAUACUCAGCCCGGUGAUGAAGUAAUAACCUUCCCGGGGGGACGUCUACCAUUUGUUCUCAGGAGGUCUCCUGAGAAUAGUUCGUAUGAAUAUGGUACAAAUGAUUGUUUUCGCCUCAUCGGAGACUGUUUUCAUUCUCUAGGCAACUCUCAUUUCUGGCCACCGAAACCUGCACAAGAUAUCGAAAAGAUCCUGUGUGUAGACGGGACAUGGCUAGGAGGUCCGGCUGGAACAUCUUGGCCUUCAUCUCCAAUACAGAACGCGCGCACCUGA